AUGCAGAGAAUAUUAGAGAAGAAACACUUCAGAAACAAACAGAAAGAGAUAGAAUACAUUUCGAAGAAAUUGCAAUCUUACGAUUGGAAAACGUACCCUCACAGAUGUCUUCUUAUCUUAGAUGAUUUCGCCUCUCAUCCUUUGUUAAAGAAUAGAGAACAAGACAUGUGUCGAAUUCUCAAGAAGCUCAGACACUUUAACAUUUCAGUUGUCAUUUGUGUACAGACAGCCAAGAGUUUAAGUAAGGAUGUUAAAAGAAUACUUACUGACAUAAUACUUUUCCCCGGAUUGUCCGAAGACGAUUUCAUGGAACUUAUGAAAGAGUCCAUGGCAGGUAAGUUUGACAGACAUGAAUUAUGGGAGAAGUACAAAGUCAUACAAGACCCUCAUACUUCUUUCAGAAUUCAUAUCUACGCGAACAAAGUUCAAAUUGUAAAAAGUCAAGCUUGA